UCCUUUGCUGCUUUUUUGUUGUUAUUUCACCGUCUCUGCAUUAUCCUUAUUCGCAUAGUUUUUGAUUGUUUUCUUUAAUUUGAUUUUGUUGAUUCCAAUAACCCUGAUUUAAUUGCACCGCCGCGAACCCCCGGGAAAAUGCGAUUCAACAGGUUGAACUAAGCUGGGCUGAGAAAAAGCUGGCCAGUCAGCGCAGGAGGCAGUAUCUAUAACAAAAGCAAAACAAUAGCACUUUUGGCACGGUCCCAAGGAGCGCCGCAGACCAGUUCAAGGUUAUUGGAGGCAGCCAUUCAGGACAACCAAGGAUGCACUGAUGCAGCAACGGGAGCACAACGGGACAACAAUGACAGGAUAAGAGGGUUAGGAUAUUGUAUUUAGCUGCAACAUGUUGUGUUUUGACUCGGAGAAAAUGAACUGGUACUACCAUGUUCUGGCCAGACGGCCGUACCUGGUGGUCGUCUCCAUUGCCGUCUACUGCGUCGCCUGCAUUAUAGUGGCCCUCAUCCUAAACAAGCUGCCAGACUUCAGCGAUCCCACCUUGGGCUUCGAGACGCGCGGCACAAAGAUAGGCAAACGCUUGACAUCGUGGUACAACCUGCGACAGGAGACAGACCACCAUGGAGUGCUCUUCUCAAAUCCAUCGGAUCUGUGGGAGAAGCGUCGCGUGGAGCAGGGCCUCGGGGAGACCAGACAGCAUCCGAAUCACAAGCGGCACCGGAACAAGCAGAGAAACAGAGGCAAGAAUAAGCGGAGGAAAGAGCAGAAUCAGAGCAAUCACGAGCACCACGACGUCGUGACCCAAAAGAUGAUGCAGUUAAAGAAGCGAUUGAAGGCCACAAGUGCUCCGGUCACAGAUCUGGAUAGGGACACGUGGAUGGGUGACAGCGGGGUAUUCCGGGACUACGAGAUUACUAAUGAUAACGCCUCUUCCUCGUCUCUGGAGCCCACUCGACGUAGCGAGCCGAUUGAGUAUGGUCACAAUACCACGUCGGUGGAUGAAGAAGAGCAUCGGGAGCGAGUGCAGACCAAGAAGAGCACAUGGCGGCUGCUUAAACAAGCUGCAACCUUGCCCACCGAUAGUUGGGUAGAUGCACACUACCGCCAGCCCAUUGAGGGCUUCUUCUGCGACUCAUCGCCGCGCAAGGAGUACUCCCAUUUCGUAGUCCAUCGGAUCGGCCCCAAUGCCACCGAUUCGCUGUUUGACUUGAACGGCCUGCUAGCCAUGUGCCAGCUGCAAGACCAAAUCACGGAGGUACCCAGCUAUCGGGCCUUCUGCGAGCUCACCACCGAGUGCUGCCGGCCCUGGUCAUUGCCCAACUACGCCGCCAUGCUGGCCAAUAAGAGUUCCUGCUUCGACCUCACCGUCGAAGACGUUACCUCGCUCCAGACCCUGCUUACCGGCUGCUAUGAGUACUUCCAUGACCUGAAAAUGGACAACCAUUGCAACGAGAUUCCGCACUGCAGGGCACCCGAGGAGUGCAAGCGUCACAACAUCGUGUUCAACGUGCUGAACUUUCUCACCGAUUUUACGUUUAUGAAAUCCAAUGACUCCAACGUCUACCUGAAGUACGCCAUGAUAUUUGUGCCGGUGGCGCAAUCCAAUCGCGUCCUCCCACUGUUCCACGAGUGGGAAGAUGUGACACUGAGCAACGAGCUAGUGGAAGUCAUUGCCAUGGAUUUGGGCCUGGAGAACGAGCUGUUUAACGAGCUGCUAAUGACCGACGUCUGGCUCGUUUCCCUGGGUGGAGCCUUCGUUAUGGCCAGCGUUUGGCUGUACACCGGAUCGGCAUUCAUUACGUGCAUGUCCUGCAUUGCCAUUUGCUUCUCGCUGGGAUUGGCCUACUUUUUCUAUGCCAUUGUGUUCGAGUUCGAGUUCUUUCCGUACAUGAACCUGCUGGCUGUGGUGGUGAUAAUAGGCAUUGGCGCCGAUGAUGUCUUUUUGUUUUUGAAAAUCUGGCAAUGUGUGCUCGCCGAGAGGUUCAGCAAUCGAUGCACCUUGUCCUCUCAAGCGCAGAGUGCUCUGCCCACGCCCCUGGAACACAGUGAUCACACAGAGUCGCUGGAGAAUAUUAUGGCACUCACAAUGCGACAUGCUGCUGCUUCCAUGUUCGUGACUUCGCUGACCACCGCAGGCGCCUUUUACGCCUCCUAUAGCAGCUCCAUAACGGCCAUCAAAUGCUUUGGGAUCUUUGCAGGAACGGUUGUGGUGACGAACUACGUGCUUAUGAUCACUUGGCUGCCGGCCUCGGUUUCGAUCAUGGAACGGCUGUUUGCCAGCAGAAUGUCGUGCCGCCGUCCAAUCGCCCAGAAACUGAUCCAUGCCAGCAAGAAGUCAAUUAACCGAUUCUGUCAAUUGUUCGAGGAGUGCGUAACGCACAGUAUCUUGAACUAUGCCUAUUUGUGGUUACUUGUCUUCGGCGCUUUGGGCGCGUCUAGCGCCGUCAUUGUGUUCUGGUAUCCAGGACUGCAGUUGCCGGAGAAAUCGCACUUCCAGCUGUUCGUUGCCCGGCAUCCAUUCGAGAUGUAUUCAAGUCUCAAGCAACAGUUUUGGUUCGAAAAGACAUUGCAGGCGUACGAGAACUUCAAGAUGCCAAUGCACUUCGUUUGGGGCAUCCGGGCGGUGGACGAUGGCGACUAUACGAAUCCCAACUCCUACGGCAGCUUACACUACGACAAUAAUUUUAAUAUAUCCAGCAAGACGGCGCAGCUCUGGAUUCUCGACUUUUGCCAGAGUGUGCGGCAGCAGCCAUUUUAUAAGGAGACUUUGGGCUUGUUGCUUCCCAAUUGUUUCAUUGAGAAUCUAAUCGAUUUCAUGAAGCGCAGAUGCAUUGACGACAUGGACAUAACUCGGAAAGAUCGCUCGCCCUGCUGUGACGCCGAGUUCCCCUUCGAUCCGCAUAUCUUCGAGUAUUGCCUGCCACAGAGCGUCGCCAAUAUGUAUGACACCACAUUUUUCCGACCCGGAGUGGCUGGACCCAAGUUUGCAGAUUUUUCUUCUCGAACGCCUUCUGAAGAUUACUCGGGAAUGAUCGGUGGAAACGAAAGUGCAGAGUACACCAACUACUCAUCGUCAGCGACACCAACACCGCUGUUGGUAAAAGCCUUGGUCAUCGAGUUCGAGUCGAAUGUGGCCUACAGCACCAUCUAUGUCAAUGUUAAGGACUUUUUCGAGUCGGUUGAGACCUGGUUUCAGCAGCAGUUGGCCACGGCGCCUACGGAACUCCGGGGCGGAUGGUUCAUUAGCGACCUCAAGUUCUACAAUGUGCAGGACACACUGUCACACGACACCCUGAUUGCCAUUUGUUUGGCCAUGGCUGCAUCGCUCAUCGUUUUGCUAUGCUUCACGGUCAAUAUCCUAAUCUCCAUAUACGCCGUUCUAACCGUAUCCUUGAGUAUCUUCAAUACCGUUGCUGUGCUCAUUCUGCUGGGCUGGCAGCUCAACAUCCUCGAGAGCAUUGCGGUGAGCACGGCCAUUGGACUGGCGGUGGACUUUAGCCUGCACUAUGGCAUUCAUUACCGGAUGUCUCCGGUGAAGGACCGUUUAGCAGCUACCCAGUUCGUACUGUCUCGGAUCAUAGGACCCACGGUGAUGGCGGCUACAACUACGGGAUUGGCUGGCGGCAUCAUGAUGGCCUCUAAUAUCCUGCCUUACAUACAGAUAGGCGUCUUCCUGGUGGUGGUCAUGAUCGUUAGUUGGUUUUACGCCACCUUCUUCCUGAUGAGCCUGCUGAGGGUGGCCGGGCCGCAGCACGGCUUCCUGGAGCUCAAGUGGCCCUUGAUUAGCAGCCACCGCAACAGUGCCGGCAGCAAGUUCUACGAGCGUAAACCCAGCCAAGUGAUCGCCAGCGAGCAGCUGCUGACUCCCACCAGCUCGGCUAUUGUGGAACUGGCCAACUCGGAGACACACGAGCUGGAAUCCCUGAAUUCGAAUAGUUUGAUCAAGACUAUUUCGGGCACCGAAGGCGCCCAUGCCCUCUCCUCGCUGCCAAGGGACUACGAGCACUCGUUCCAGACGCUGGGCGGCAGCGGCGGGUGCAAAUAUCAAACGUAUCCGUCUACAUCAAAGUGAGUUAGUUACUAUUGCCGGCCAUCGGACGAUGCCAGUUGUGUUGCCAGUGCAUUUUUAUAUACAGGGUAUGGAGGCUUCCCUGAAGCCUGCCCUCCCCCAAGAUAUAUAUUUAUAUAUAUAUACUUAUAUACAAGUGACACCUGUGUCCGCAUAUACAUAUAUAGUUUUAAGGAUAUUGUGUGGACUCUACAUGGAUAUACUCUAGAGCUAUGUAUGUACUUGUUAGACGUAAGCAAAAAGCGAAAACGUAACGUGUAAACUUCUCCUUAGUGUGCUAUUUUCAAAAGACUUCAGACGGCUGCGCAAUAUGCUUUUAGUAUUUGGUUAUUGCCCGCUCGAUGAUCGCUCCGGCAAAGUGAAUACAAUUUGUAAACUGAAGCAAUUAGCCGAGGUACUACUGGGUGACUGUACGAUGACGGUAUUAUUAGUUUUUAGCCAAAAGAAAACGUUUCAACGCUGGUUACGUACUCAAAACUGUAAUCAAAACUAUAUUUAUACUCUGGUUUUUAUUAGAUGUUAAGUUGGGCCACAUUCUUGGCGCCAGCAGCAGAUGUAGUUACUUUAUAUGCUAGUUCCAUAUGCUCAGAGUUAUAUAUGCAUACGUAUGUUGUGUUUACUGAUGCAAAUGCAUGUGUUGUCUAUCCUAGUUGUAUGCGUUUAAAACACACAAAAAACCAACAAACAUACACGCACUCACGUUUGUAAUAACCAUGUAACUGUGAUACAGAAGGUGAGAAACUUAAGAAAUCGGUGUUUAUACAGACAAACUGUUAUAAUACCCCGUAAAAUCAUGACGUAUUGUAAUUACCUACAACUAAAAAGGCCCUGUACUUCCUAUAUUAAAGAUAUGUAUGUGUUUAAGUGAUUUAAUAAAUGUUACUUGUAAAGCCA